ACAGCUCACACGCCCUCUGCACCUCACCACAUCUCCACUCACCUCCGCGGCAUCUGCUGAGUCGGCAGACAAAGGACCAGCUGCUCCAAACCACACAGCUGCUCUCCUGCCCGGCCGACUGGUGGAAUCUCAGCCUUUCGCGCCGGCCCCGGCAUCGUCAAAGAAGCGACGCUCGCGCCGCCGGCGCUCUUCUCCGCAGCCGGAGUUCCGGACUUCUCAACAGUCGGCUGUGGUGAGUCAUUUGGACAAUUUUUCUUUACACACCCCAUCUGUCAACUCUGCCUCGGACUGUGUGAAUGCUAAUGUUGUAACCCAGCUGUUAGCACAGCCCAUAGCUGCUGCCCAGCACGAAACUCAGUCUGCUGCCCAGCACGAAACUCAGUCUGCUGCCCAGCACGAAACUCAGUCUGCUGCCCAGCACGAAACUCAGUCUGCUGCCCAGCACGAAACUCAGUCUGCUGCCCAGCACGAAACUCAGUCUGCUGCCCAGCACGAAACUCAGUCUGCUGCCCAGCACGAAACUCAGUCUGCUGCCCAGCACGAAACUCAGUCUGCUGCCCAGCACGAAACUCAGUCUGCUGCCCAGCACGAAACUCAGUCUGCUGCCCAGCACGAAACUCUGUCUUUAGUCCAGUCAGCCUUUCAUCCUCGUCCUCAGUUGGAGGUCGAUAUGUCUGCUGGACCUACUCUGCCACUAUUUCACCAGUCUGUUGUUCCUGCAUCGCUGUCCAGUCUACCACGAGUAGCUGCCACACCAUCAUCGCCUCCGCCCUCUGCAGCUACUUCUCCACCAGCGUCCCAUCAGAUUGCAGCGACCGCGGCACUCUCGGCUUCACCUUCCACAUCACCCUCCACAUCACCCGCUCGACCAUCGUCUUCACCACCUGCAGCUACCGCAUCGCCAUCUUCACCUCUGGUUCAUCCAUCUAUAGCCGCUCCGCAGCCGGAGAAGCUCGCGCUGCCCGAGCAGGAGCUCAGCGAGCGGGAGGAGCCCGCGUCGCAGCCGGAGGAGGAGCUCGGCGAGCCGGAGGAGCUCAGCGAGCCGGAGGAGCCCGCCUCGCCGACUAUGGAGCUCAGCGAGCCGGCGGAGCUCAGCGAGCGGGGGGAGCCCGCGUCGCAGCCGGAGGAGCAGCUCAGCGAGCGGGGGGAGCCCGCGUCGCAGCCGGAGGAGCAGCUCAGCGAGCGGGAGGAGCCCGCGUCGCAGCCGGAGGAGCAGCUCAGCGAGCGGGAGGAGCCCGCGUCGCAGCCGGAGGAGCAGCUCAGCGAGCGGGAGGAGCCCGCGUCGCAGCCGGAGGAGCAGCUCAGCGAGCGGGAGGAGCCCGCGUCGCCAGCUGUGGAGCUCAGCAAGCCGGAGGAGCAGUUUAGCGAACCACAGCAGGAGCUCGGCGAGCCGGAGGAGGAGCUCGGCGAGCCGGAGGAGCCUGCCUCGCCGACUCUGGAGAUCAGCGAGCCGGAGGAGCCCGGCGAGCGAGAGGAGUGCCCGCCAUCGAGAGAGGGGCUCGGCAGGCCGGAGGAGCGCGCACAGCCUUCGGAGGUCGGCGGGCGGGAGGAAUCCGAUCAGCCUACGCGGGGGGUCAGUGUGCAGGGUCCACGUCCAGCGCGCCCUCCACGCCCUCCACGUCCAGCGCGCCCUCCACGUCCGGCGCGCCCUCCACACCAUCCACGUCCAGCGCGUCCACGUCAGCGACCAGCGCGUCAUCGGCCAGGUACCACACCUCGCUGUUGCUCACUGGAGCAGCGCCGCCGCCACUGGACCCGGGGCAAGCCGCCGGGGAAGCAGCAGCGCCCCCGCCGCCGUCACUGGACCCGGGGCAGGCCACCGGAACCGUUUCGCCGCUGCUACCGGACCCGUGGCAGGCCGCCGGAGCUGCAACGCCGCCGCCACCGGACCCGUGGCAGGCCACCGGAGCUGUCACACUGCCGCCACCGGACCCGUGGCAGGUCGCCGGAGCUGCAACGCCACCACCAUAGCACCCGUGGCAGGCCGCCUGACGUGUUCAGCUGCUAUUACGGGACCCGAGGUAGGCCACCUGAACUCUGGUGUUAUAGUUACUGGCCGCCUGAACUGUUCAGCUCCCGCCACGGUAACUGGGGGGGGUUAUUGAACUAUUUUGUGCCUCCGCUGGAGUCGCGGUUGAGCCUCUGGGACUUUUGUGAUUGACAGUUUGGUCGUUUGGGGUUGGUUCCGGCCCUCCGUCCUGUUACCCCCCGCCGCCCGCCCUGGGUUGGUUUUCCUGUUUUUUUUUUUUUUUUUUUUUUUUUGUUGGUUUUGUUUUGGGGUCGUCGGGAGUCGACCCUUAGAGGGGGGGUACUGUCACGGACCCAGCUCCAGGGAUUUGGGGUCCGUGAGCAGUGUGGACCUUUAUUAUUAUUAUUAUUAUUAUUAUUAUUAUUAUUAUUAUUAUUAUUGUUGUUAUUGUAUUGGAUGUAUGUUUUCUGCACUGUGCUCUUGUGUUCCAUGCUGGUGGGUGUAUGUGUGCGGGUGUGUCUGCGGGUGUGGCUGGAGGACGAAGGACAGCUACCUGCAGGCCUGAUGGGUGUGGCCCUGCCAGCUGCCGGUCACGCCCAGGUUCUCACACACCUGCUUCUGAUCAGGCUCGUCGGGGGAGCUACAUAACAGAGCGAUGGGGCUUCCUCCGGCGCAGGAUCGUUGAGUUAGACUUCAUGAGGAGAGCGGAACACAGGACUGCAGGACGCACGGG